AUGUUACGAGAUAGAAUUGUGUGUGGUGUACACUCCGAGAAAGUGAAAGAGAGACUUCUUAGAGACAAUGAACUUACACUCAUCAAAGCAUUAAGCAUAUGUCGUGCAAAUGAAGAAUCACAGAGCAGGAUGAAACACUUACAACAAGAAGAACAGAUCAGUGUUGUCAAGUGUGACAGAAACAGACAGUCGGUGAAACCGUCUACAGGAAAUAGACAUACAUUCCAAAAAACUACUGGAACCGAAAAAGUCAAAACGGGGAAACUUCGUGUGUGUUUAGAUCCCAGAGAUUUAAACAAAGCGAUCAAGCGGGAACAUUUUCAGUUACCUACUAUUGAAGAAAUUACAUCAAGACUAUCUGGAGCUACUGUGUUCAGUAAACUCGAUGCCAAUAGUGGAUACUGGCAAAUACCCCUCGAUGAAGCUAGUCAACUCCUCACUAAGUUUCAUUCACCAUUUGGAAGAUAUUGUUUCUGUCGUAUGCCUUUUGGUAUCAAAAGUGCACAGGAAGUAUUCCAAAAGAGAAUUGCGCAACACUUUGACAAUAUUGAUGGUGUAGAAGUUGACAUUGAUGAUAUACUGAUAUGGGGGAGAAAUGAAGAGGAGCACAUUAGAAGACUCAGAGCAGUGUUACAGCAAUGCCAAGAGAUCAACCUUACUCUAAAUAAGGACAAAUGUCUUUACAAUCAAUCCGAAAUUCAAUACAUAGGACAUGUGAUUUCGAAAAAUGGAGUGAGACCUGAUCCUACGAAAAUAGAAGCCAUUCUUAAAAUGCCACCUCCAACUGACAAGAAAGGAGUCGAACGUCUUUUAGGAACUGUGAACUAUCUUGCCAAAUUUGUUCCUAAUAUGUCAGCGAUUAACGAGCCUAUCAGAUCUUUACUCAGGAGUGAUGUGUUGUUUACAUGGGAAAAACCUCAACAGGAUGCAUUCGAAACUAUCAAAGACAUUUUAUCUCGUGAACCAAUUCUGACUUUCUUCGAUGUUAAAAAACCAGUAUGUGUUAGUGUUGAUGCUUCAAAGUGUGGUUUAGGUGCUGUGAUCACUCAAGAUGAAAGACCAAUUGCAUAUGCAUCUAGAUCAUUGACAGAGACUGAGAAGCGAUAUGCACAAAUCGAAAAAGAACUGUUAGCUGUUACAUUCGGCUUAGAGAGAUUCCACCAGUAUACCUAUGGUGUCAAUGUCAUUGUUGAGAAUGAUCACAAACCAUUGGAAAAUAUUCUAAGGAAAUCAUUAGUCCAAACUCCUCCAAGGCUACAAAGACUCUUACUUCGUUUACAGAAAUACGAUUUCAACUUCAAGUAUGUUCCAGGAAAACAGUUGAUCAUUGCUGAUACUCUAUCUCGGGCUCAUUUACCUCCGACAAAGCAACAAAAAGAAGAAAUUUGCGAGGAAAUUGAAACUUAUGUUCAUUCCGUGUUUAUACCAAGCAUUCCCAUUUCUAGAAACAUACUUCAAGACAUAAAAAAAGAAACGGCAAAUGAUGCUAUUCUAAGUGAAGCUAUUCGUCUUAACCCGAAAUUUUUGAGAUAUCUACAUGUUAGUCAUCUUGGAAUAGAGAAGACUAAAGCUCGUGCAAGAACUGUGGUUUACUGGAUUGGUAUGAAUCGAGACAUAACCGACAUGAUUGCUAAAUGUCAUACAUGUACAGAUAUGAGAAACAAGAAUCCAAAAGAGUCGUUAAAUCCGACGCCAGUACCAGAAGGUCCAUGGCAAGUGCUUGGUUCAGAUUUGAUCACGUUGAACAAUGAGGAUUAUUUGAUCGUUGUGGAUUAUUAUUCAAAGUUUUUUGAAGUAGUCAAGCUUGAGAACACUAGGAGCAAAACUGUGAUCACACAUAUGAAGUCCAUUUUUGCCCGUCAUGGCAUUCCUUAUGAAGUGCGAAGCGAUAAUGGUCCUCAAUAUACUUCCAAGGAAUUCAAAGAUUUCUCCAGAAGUUGGUGCUUCGAACACAAAACGUCGAGUCCAUAUAACCCACAAGGAAAUGGUCUUGCGGAGAAAACCGUUCAAACCGUGAAGAGAAUGUUAGAAAAAGCAAGGAUAGAUGGAAAGGAUCCAUAUAUCAGUUUACUAGAAUACCGGAACACGCCAACAGAUGUUGAAUCUCCGGCAAAACUACUCAUGAGCCGACAACUUAGAUCAAUAUUACCAGUAACCAAAAAUCAACUGAAACCAAAAGUAGUGCCAGAUGACAUUACCAGGCAGAAGAGGAAAAUUACCCAGAAUCGUCAGAAAACUUAUUUCGAUGUUGGAAGCCGAAAACUGUCAAGUUUGUCGCCAGGACAAAGAGUUAGAUUCAGACACAGAGGACAGUGGCAACCGGGAUAUGUCAAGGAUCAAGUCCAUAACAGAUCAUACAACGUACAAGAUCAGACUGGAGAUUAA